AUGAGUGAGGGGCAUGCGAGACUUUUUGCAGUACCCAUCCCAGGGAAUGGAUCGUCCAGCACUCUGGGAUCGAAUGCAGCUGGACGAAGUGACGAAGGACAAGCCGAGCCUUCUGGAGAGAAUGCAACUGUGAGAAACAGCGAGUGUUCAGACGAGCGAGGAGACAGAACCAACCCUGCUCCGUCGAAUGAGGACGUCGAUGGUAACCAAUCUAAUCCCCGAGGAACUCAACCUCCAGGAGGGAAUGCCGAAGACCCAGAUGUCGACGACCUCGAUGAACCAAACUCGGGGGGUAGACCACAACUUGAAGAAGAAUCGAUCAAGUACAUGGACGAUGUCGUCAACAAGUUCAGAAAAGGCGAAAUUACCAAACUCAAGGCUCUAUCCAACAUUAUCUCAAUCCUCGACUUCGAUCCAUCGAGGACCAACCGAGCCAAGGAUGCUGCCGUUGAAUUCUACGCCAAAACACUCGACGAAUACGCCGCCCUCGCUUCUUCAGCGGUUAAGCGAGGCAAACACGCUCAAGUCAGAUUACAACCGAAUGGACUUGGAUCAGAACAACAUGAAUUACGGGACGUUGACCGAGACUGA